GUUACGCUGCCGACGUCGGCGUGUAGCUGUGUCCUGUAUGUAGGUUGGUACUUGGUUGCUGUGUUGGCAGUUCCAACAGGAGCCCGGACAGCCAAGUCAGCUCGUAGCAACCUGGAGAGUCGCAAUGAAGCUGCAAUGUGAUGGGGGCGGAAGCACAGAGGAAGAUCCACAACAGUUUCUACUCGCCAGCCUAGCUGUCGACCUACCUAGCUGGGAUUGCUUCCCGUCUCGCUGCAGAACGCAAGAUAGAAAGACAGGAAGCUGGAAACUCCCGUCAACCCCCUCCGGGCUGCGUGUCCGGCCGCAGCUCUGAUUUGUCUGGAAGUGCCCGGAGUAACAUCCGGCUGCCCCUCGUCGACGGCGCUAUCCUUCUUCGCCUUUCCCCUUCCACCGCUUCCCACUUCUGCAACCUUGUCGACCAUCCAUCCCUAUUCAGCCUAGAUGCCGCGCUCGACAAGGGCAUUCGACAAUGCAAGCACAGACCCUAUCAGCCGAAUGAGACGUCCACAGCCCACACUCCCAUCAGCUUGAUCGCCGCGUGAUAAAUUCGCUUCGAGAAGAUUUUGAAAAAGCCUCAGUAAAGUUCAUGACUUCUUACGGCUAUGAUCACUUCUAUGCGGAGCAGUCUCUCCACGCGGACGUUGCUGGUUCCAUGCUUUCCACCGUCCCCAUCUCGGACUCGGAGGAUGACGGGAUGUACAUAAGAACGGUGCCGGGCAAUCCGGUCGUUUAGAAGCGGCAGAUCUACCUUUGACGUUGGCGAACGGCUGCGAGGGACAAGUGACCGGGCUGGCGGAUGCUAAGAGGUGUCGGUCUCAGAUUCAGUCAGCUCAGACCCGAACCCUGGGGACCGGUGUGUCUUUGAAUUGUCAUGGCUUUGAUGGUCAGGAUGGCUUAACAAUUACGACAGCCGGCUUGGCGUUGGACAUGUGGGGCAGAUGGAAGCUCUUAUCGACCCUCUUAUCUCAUCUUGGCAUUCUGGGUCCCAAAAUUUGGGCCAAGCGAUUUCAUGGCAGAAGCAAUCGAAUGAAUCCACUCCCUGGCUGCAUCUGGUGUUAUCUGCCAAAACUCCGUCAUCAACUGCCCGAAACCCCGGCGACCUCAAUCUCGGUCUUUGCUCGAAGCUGGUCUCCUUCCAAGAGAAAACACCACAGGUUUUUCUUACGCUCAUUCAUACCCUAUAUUUUUGUAAUCAACCCUCUGGAGAAGCCAAUCCCCUCAGAGCCGCAUUGACAACCCGCGAUAACAAAUCGACCGCGCCUUGCUUCAGACCCAACUGGAACCCUCAUAUCGAGAGCCCCACGAUUACCCCUUUUCGCGCAAUUCGGAAGAGCCGGCAUCGCCCUCAAGUCGCCGCAUGAUAUUCGCACAACUCUUCUCUCAUCGACGAUAGACAAUCAGACAAGAUGGCAGGUGUUACAACGAGGAGACAGGCCGCGGCCGCGCAACAAGAAAAGAAUGCCACCACCGUCAACGGCAAUGCUGCCCCUGUCAUGGAACAGGAGAACGCUCCACGAGAUAUCCUCGAUGACCUCGACGAUGACGAGCCCGCCGAGAACAUUUUCCUUUUCUAUCCCAACCUGAUCGGAUACGCCAGAAUCAUCCUCGCUGUUGCGUCGCUCUACUACAUGCCCAUUCAUCCUAGAACCUGCACACUGCUAUACUCCAUCAGUUGUCUGCUCGACGCAUUAGAUGGAAUUGCCGCCAGAGCGUACAAUCAAAGUACGCGCUUCGGCGCCGUGCUUGAUAUGGUUACGGAUCGGUGCACCACUUCCUGCCUUCUGACUUUCCUCGCUUCUGCCUUUCCCCGGUGGGCCAUUCUCUUCCAGCUCCUGAUCUCUCUUGAUCUUGCCAGCCACUACAUGCACAUGUACGCCACCCUUGCCCUUGGCGGCAGCAACACCUCCCACAAGAACGUCGACAAAUCCCGUUCCUUCCUCCUGAACCUCUACUACACCAACAAGAACGUCCUCUUCAUCGCCUGCUUCCUGAACGAGGCUUUCUUCGUCGGCUUGUACCUCCUCUCCUUCAGCUCCCCGCUCCUCUCGCCCUCUCUUCUUGAAACCGUUCCUCCCUCGACCGCCGCCGCCAUUCACCAGGGCGCCCAGGUCAACUCCAGCAUUCUCAGCAUGAUCUUCGCCAACCCCUACAGCGCCGGUGCGCUCGAGAUGGCGAGGGCGAACAAGAUGGACAGCUUCUGGCCCUGGGUUAUCACUGGUGUGAGCUUCCCCGUCAUGGCCUUCAAGCAGGUCGUGAACGUGAUCCAGCUGGUCAAGGCGAGCAGGUGGCUCGCUGAGGGUGACAUUGAGGCCAGGAGGGAGGCUAGAAGGAUUGCCAAGAGGAGGCAGGAGUAAGGCAUAUUCUCGGCUUCUACGAGAAUCUGUGGGAGUGGUGCUGUAAGAUAUGGCUGUUGGGGUUGGAUGAACCGUCUGCCCACGACAAGCCAGAAAGAUGCUGUUGUACGUUAAUGGUUGGUUGGAACAUGGUCGGAGGGGAGCAUGGCAUGGUUGGUGUGAGAGCGGACUGUUCGGAUCAGUUUAGUUGUCGGUUUGCAUUGUUUGCAUAUUGGGAUUGGAAGUUUUCCCUUCAGGGCGGCGUUUGGGC